GCACCGCUUCCUCACAGAGGCUCCGUGACAGGCGGCCGAACGAUCGCCUGUGGGGGUGGCGCAUGCGUGGAAGGCGUUCUCUUCACCCUCCUCUUUUCUGUCCCUUCUGUCAGUUGGGUUAUAACAUCAGCCACGGCAGGAGAGCGGGGAGGGGGCUGCGGGAGCCGGCUGGGCUGGGCUCUCCCUUUCCCUCCGUCCUCAGGGCUUUCCAGUGAGCCCCCGCUCCUCUUCAUGCCAUGGACUCCCCUCCGAUGCUGUACCCUGUGAAGCUUUAUGUGUACGACCUGUCCAAGGGCAUGGCGCGGCGCCUCAGCCCUAUCAUGCUCGGGAAGCAGCUGGAUGGCAUUUGGCACACUUCCAUAAUUGUCCACAGGGAUGAGUUCUUUUAUGGAAGUGGUGGGAUCUCCAGUUGUCCACCUGGUGGAACAUUGCUUGGGCCUCCAGAUUCUAUUGUAGACCUAGGAUGCACAGAAGUUACAGAAGAUCUCUUCCUGGAAUACUUGGCCUCAUUGGGGGAUUCUAUAUUCAGAGGAGAAUCUUACAAUCUGUUUGACCAUAACUGCAAUACAUUCAGCAAUGAAGUGGCACAGUUUUUGACAGGGAGAAAGAUCCCUUCCUACAUCACAGACCUUCCAUCAGAAGUCCUUGCAACACCCUUUGGACAAGCUUUAAGGCCUCUCCUCGACUCCAUCCAGAUCCAACCACCUGGAGGAAACACUUUCAGCAGACAUAAUGGACAGAGCUAGCAGAUACGGUGGAAAGUGCCUCUGUUCAGCAGGGCUUUUCCUUUUAAAACCCAAAUGCACCAGAUUCCUAUUUUAUGAUUUUGUGACAGAGUUAACAGCAAGAAGGUUUGCCAGACCGUCCAGCAAGAGUAGUUACUGGAAUGCAUGUGAUAUGAUGCUGCCGGGGGGAGGGGGCGGGGAUUAUAAAGUCAAAAAGCAUUAUAUCUUCUUGCUGAAGGUGAUUAUUUUUUCCCCUUGGUCCACUUCUGAUGUUUUUUAAAUAUUCCCUACUAAGAAAUUGAAGAGUAGAAACCCCAUUGCACAACUUAGAGUGUGGUAGGUAGCACCAAGUUGCCCUAGCCAUGCCUCGGAAGAUUGGCUUUUUUUUUUUACCCUUGUUAUCGUAUAUUUGUGGCAGAUGUAACCCCUAAAGUGUUGGUCUUGCAAUAUUCACAUACUAGAUAACACUAACCCAGUACUAAACUUGAAUAUUCUUUUGUGCUGCCUGUAGGAGGGAGGGAGUUAAAAACAUUCAUUGUGAAGUAAUGUUAUAACAGCUGUAUGUUAAAUUAAUCAUAUAAUUUUUCAGUGGCUAUAACUUCCAUUAUAAAUUAUAGGAUAGCUUUCUAAUCCUGGAUACGAGUGACAACCAAACUUUAUUGUCACCUAACUCAUAGUAUUGCUGCUGGCGCAGAAACAAAGUGUGGACUAUCCAGUUUUGGAGAGAAUUAUCCCUGUUAUCUAUAAUGAUAUGUGAGGAACUCUUUGCAUCUGGUUACUUUAGAAUGGACAUCUUUAUUACUCUAAGGAGUCUUUCCUCCAAGUGAUAAAGAAAUAUGGGCCAGUUCUGUAACUGUGUUAUUCAGGCAGUAUGAUGCGACAAGAUAGUCUUAUUUUUUGGGACGGUAACCACUUUGGAAGUUACAGUCUACAUCAAAAUUAGCAUCUACUAUUUAUGAAGAAAGAGGGAGUUUAAAUAGAAGUUUCCAUUAUAUGCUACUUAAAAGGCAUGUGCAGUUCCUCUAGAAAAGGUGUUGGUACUCCAUUUUCCUCAGAAAAUUUGGGUCAGCUAUGCAGGACAAGGAACAAAGAAUGAUGAUAGUAUGCUAUAUUUUCUUUCCUGAUAAUUAUAUCUCCACUUUACCUUAUCUCAAGUGACCAUGUUCAGGGAAACAAAAGGGGACAAAGGCAAUCAGCCUUUGUAAAGCCUCACUUUGUCCCAAACACAGCCUGGUCCAUUGCACUGCUUAUUAAUUCAGUUAACUUGGAACACCUAGGUCCUGAUAGUGCUCCAAAAAGAUGCACAGUGAAAGCUAUUGUUUGCUGAUAGUUGCCGAAAGGGAAGAAAAUUUUGUUUCUGUUCAGAGAUGAUAAUCACUUUUGUUUUAUAACCUAGUGGGAUUGCUCUGUUACAUGCGAGAAUAAAAGGCAGUUCUAGCAAGGGAGCCAAACCGCUGUCUAUGGACAUCCUCAUCCCAUCUGUUCUUUGAAAGAUCCCAAGGUGGCAGGGGGGAGAAAUGCAAUCAUCCCAUGCACUGGACCCCUUUUGUCAUCUUCCUUUUCUUGUUGUGGGAUAAAGCUGUCUCUUGUUUGCUGGAGCAGGCAGGAGAAAAUGGUGUGUGAAGAGACUGGCAUAUGAAUGAAUACAUAGAGGACUGGACAUCAUCUCAUGCUACCUGAACCCUUGAGGCUCUAUAAGAAUAACAUGAAAUCUGUUCCUGAAUAUUCUAAAUAUAAUGUACUUUUGCUUGCUAUAAAGACAUUUGUCUCCCCCUCUUUACCUGAUACAGAAGAAAAACAGCAGGUGUAGACUCUUUUCAAAAUGUGACCUGUUGAAGUUUAUUGAAGCACUGAGUAACUUAUCCCUUCAGAAAGUUCUUUCCUUCCUUUCUUGCAGCUGAAUCCAAAAUACGUUUACUUCCAAGAAAACUCCACUGAGGACCCAACUGCACAUUUAAGGUUCUUACAGAGGUUCUCUACAGACUCUGCAGUUGUGGGGAAUAGCUUCUAAAAUAAAGGAGAGCCCAAAUGAGCUCAGAAUGCUGCUGGGGGCGGGGGGAGAGAAUAAGGCUUCUGUGCUAAAACAGCACAGUGUGCUAAAACAGGGAAGUUUUUGCUGCUCCAUGUGAAGUAUUCUGUGCCCAUGAAACAGCAAAAAUGGAAACCACAUCGCAUCCUAGCAAAAACUGUUUUUUCCUGUUUCAGCACAGGAAAACCAGUUGGAGGGAAGGCAGGAGCCCAUUUGCGCUCUCUAUUUUUUCAAAAGCCAUUCCCCACACCUGCUGUGUGCCUGCAGCGACCCUGGACCUCACUCAGCACAAGGAUGUACUCCCAAGUAAUGUCCAAGACUGUGGCUGUAGAAAUGCCAGACUUCUUGUUUUUCCCUUGAAACUUAUUUGUGCCAUCUUACUCAUUCCUUCUAUCUAUUUUUAUGUAUGCAUUUCUUUAGCUGUCUAGUCCAUCUGGCCAAGUAGAGAAAUGGAACAUCCUGGAACAUACUUGAUCACCCUUCUUAGCAUUUUUCUUCCUAUUACUCCAGGAUUGGACAUCCUGAUCCUGUGUAUGUGUACUUGGAAGCUAGGGUUUUAAUUCUGCAGAAAAUAUGCAUAAGAUUACAGAAUGAGACUUUUCCCCCACAGUAGGGAUGGAAGAAGAUACGGAUGAGAUUAUGGAACUUAGUGUCUGCCUUCCCUGAUAUUUGUGCUAAAGAGAUGAGGCUUUUGCUGUUCUAUAAUAACUGUUGGCUCUGUUUUAACAUGUGUGCACUACCAAUUUGAGCCUUUGAAACCCUGGAAGUCCUAGAAGAGGCUGCACUCUAAGGAUUGCUCUCCAUUCUAGGACAGAAGAUAAUUGUAUGUGCUCCCACCAGUUAAAAUGGUUGAAUGUGGGGGUCAGCAUCCAAGAGACUGACUGUACCCAACAUUUUACUUAGUCACAUGUAUUUAUAAGUGUAUAAAAGUAUGAGAUGUGAAUAUGUAGGUAAAUUGACUCACUUCCCACCUGAAGUGGCUGGCAAUGGGGGAGGUACGUAAGGAGCUCUCAUGAGAGAGCAAAGGCUUGGCCCAAAUGAUGGGUCUGUCAUAUUUCUGUGGAUUCUUUUUGCCAUUUUAUAAUUAAGGUAAAUAAAGCCUUUUGGCAGAAACUUGUUGAGA